UCGUACUUAACUUGACAACACUUCCCAAGUUCCCAAACAUUGUGGGAAUAAUUAUCCUAUAACGAAAUUUCAAUUAUUUUAGCACUCGAAACAGUUAAAUAAGUGACGAAAUAUGUGGGUUUAAAGUGAUAGCGCGGUGUGAUAAGCAAUGGAAAAUUUUCAAGCUAAGAAGCAAAAAUCGGAAGAAGUAACAGGUGUUUCGAGGAGCGGCAGAGUGCGAAAAAAGUCGUCAAAGUUGAUGGAUUUCGAAUCACCGGAUGACAUUGAUAGGUCGUUUAAUAAAAGACAAGGGAUUGGACGAAAAUCGGAUUUUGAUGUGCAGCCACCUCGGAAAAUGCCACGUCCCGAAGAUGUUUUUAUCAAAUCGGAUCACAGUUUUGAAAAUUACGACGAAGCGAGUGAGUCCGAUUACGAAAGUGAAUACGAAUUGCCCGCGAAUACAGAAUCGAGUAUUGAUUCUGUAGACACAGACAGCGAUUUUGAUGAACAAGAAACAGGGGGUUUCAAACGACUCGAUACAGACACUUCUAAAAAACGACUAAUUAUCAAGGAUGGCAGAAUUGUUAAAACCGAUAAACAUCCAAGGGGUGGCAAAGGUGGGUCCAAAGCAACGGGGAAGAAGACUCCGAUUUCAAAAACAUCGCCCGGGAGUUUGUCUUAUGACACGUCAAGUAUUUCACCCCCGAGUCCCAGAGGGAAAGAUAGCUAUAAAGUGAAUGGUAUUAAACCCAUUGACGUGGCCGCUCAUUUGAAAUUGUUGGGGGAAAGUCUCACUAUAAUUGGAGAGAGACUUAAAGAGCACGAGGGUCAAAUUGCUGUUUCUGGGAGCUUGUCAGUCCUCCUCGACUCCCUACUUUGCGCCCUGGGACCCCUCCUCUGCCUCACUCAACAAAUCCCUGAAUUACAAGAAAAUUGCUGCAGCCCUGAACAACUCAUGAGUACCUUAGACAACGUCGCUUUCAUCAUGCCUGGCUUAUAAUUAUCUCAUCAGUUAUAUUGAUUAAUUAUGUAAUAAUGAUUGUAAAUCCAAAAAUAUUUCAAUUACCUUAUUUAGUUUUAUUUACAAAUCAUAGACAAAUACCGAAAUAAACAAUACAAUUGAC